AUGGCAAAGGAAAGAGUCUUUGCUGCUAUGCUGCUGCUGGGAAUGCCGCACAGCAUCGAGUUCCGAUCAACAAGAGUAUACAUCGCAGUGACAUCCUAUGCUUGCGAUGAUUUGAUCGGAAUCAUGGUCCGCGACUGCUGCAUGCUGGUGCCAAUAAUAUGUGCGUGUGUAGAGUAUGCAUGCUUGAUGGACCGUCGCAUGCAGCAGCACGACGAAUGUUCGCGGUACCGCCGUCGGUCCUGCUCAGCAGAGUCGGGUGGAAGCAGGCCGUGUUCGGGCCCCGACCUGGAGGCCAGCAACUGCACCGGCGGCAUGUGUCAAUCGUCACCAGCAGGUGAGAAUGCUGCAUCCGUUCUCGUUUCCUUCGGCUCGACGCAGGAAGUUGGGACCAGCAGUAAGUCGGCGCUGGCCUACAGCUACGACGUCCUGCUCUACGUCGUGCUGGCCGUCGUCACGCUGGCCACGUUCGCUGCAACGUUCCUGGCUCUUCGCUGCUACCGUCUGCAUAAUCAUCGGGCCCAUCGUCGGCACGACCAUCAUCAUGUCCAGCUGUACGUGCCUGAAUCUGCUGCUGCUACUGCUGCUGCUGCUCAUCAUCCACCAACAGCUUCAAUAAGUCAUGGCAUCAAUAACAGCAGCCCUAUGCCGGAAGAGAGCGAGCAUUUCUACGACGAGCUGCCUUUGACGUUGCGCGGAAUGACCGAUGAAGCUGAUGAAUCUCAAGAGGGAAAAGGAGGAGGAGGAGGAAAGGGAGGCAACGAUGGUUUUGCUGCAAUCAGUGGUUGCAGCAGCAGCAGCAGCAGCAACAGUCGAGGCACGACAACGUCCGUCAACAGCACCACGCCGAUCUCCUUGCAUCCUCAUCAUCACUCUAUCGUCUGCUGCUCUUCGUCAUCGCGGCGACUCAUCAACAGCAGUGCUGUGACCAAGACUCGACAGAUGAAUGACAUGGUCUCGUCGUCCUCGUCCUUGCUGGAUGCGAUGAGUACCCCAGCGGCGGUGCGACACGUUCCUCGCCGUCAUCACAUUCAUCGGCGCGAUUCCGUCAGCAGCAGUCGCAGCUCCGCGGACAGCGUGCAUCAUUCAGGCACAGUUGGACUGCAGCAUCAGGAGUCGUGUUCACGCAAGAAGUCGUCAUCAUCGGCCGUGCAGACGGCGACUGCUGUUUAUUAUUGCGACCCAUCAUCAUCAGCUGCUGAUGGACUGCCGCUGAAACUCGGCUCUCCGUCGCCGUGCUUGCCACCGCCGCCGCCGAUCGCGGACCCCGGCCGACUCGUCGUGGGCCACGUGGGUCACGAGGGCGGCCGUCUCCCGGUUGUCAUGUGUGGGCCAGUGGGGCUCCGACUCGAGAAGCCAGUCAUUAUUUCCUUCCAGCACUGCGCCUCACUCCAGCACGGCCACUGGGACAUCUCAGUGCUCUCCUGCAAUAACUCGGCAGCUGAUGACCCGGGCAGGCUGGAUCCGUCUUCCUGGCAGCACGUGGUUCGAUUGGGCCACGAGUGCGCAGACACACCAGUGUUCACGCAGUUGGACUCGACGCACUGUCACUUGGUCGUCGACCGGUUCGGGUGCUACUCGUUGGCAGGUCGAUCCACAAGCGCCAUCCUCGCCGACGGCAGUAAUGCUGUCAAGUCCCUCCAACUGGCCGUUUUCGCCACGUGGCCCUCCCCUUCUGCGCAGGACUGCACACUCCGGUUGUACCCACUCGACGACACCCAUGCUGCUCUCCAGGGCGUGAUAGCCUCAGAGAGAAAGAUGAACGGGUUCCUGGUAGAGAAACCGACGGCGUUCCUGUUCCAAGAUGAUGGAGGCGGGCUGACUGUGCAGUACCUGGAUGACCCGAGUGGCCAUUGGCGCCCGAAGCCUCAUUCUUCCCAUCACCAGGAGAUCCCGUUCGAGCAUGUGUGGAAUGCGAAGCAGAACGGUCUUCAUUGUGCAUUUACGCUGGAGCGGAUGACGACGGCGGCCGGGGAAGGGUGCGACGAGUUGAUGGAAACGGAGACCGAAAAGGACGAGGAGGAGGAGGACGACGACGAGGAGAAGCAGCAGCACGUUCCCCUGACAUCCUCGUCGUGUGCUGCUGCUGCUGCUCAUGGCGAUGCUGGCAACAAUACCGAAGAUCAUCCUCAACAUAUUCUUCUUCUUCAUCAUCGUCGUCGUCGUCGUAGUCGUCAUCAUCACCACCACCACCAGCAUCAGCAGCAGCAGGCGGCGGAACUGCUGCUGACCUGCUCUCUCCGCGUGUGUCAGCAGCCGCAGGAUGCGGUGGCGUCGAUGGUGUCGGAGCCCCUGCGAUUGCCUCUCCCAUCGCGAAAGAAAACGAUCCAUGUCCGCCACCGACUCUCAUCCAGCAUUAUGCCUCGCCCCCACGAUGCAUCCCAUCAUAAUCAGGUCAGUUCCCUCGUCAAACAUCAU